GGAUCUGCCAACUGCCUACCGAUCUCCCAGUGGAUAAUUAACCAUGUUGCCCAUGCAACUGACUGUGGCUUUCAGCCUUUUGGUCCUGGCCACCUGUAAAGUGCACAAGCCAGCGCCGACAAAUAGUUGGCGGGACAUGCUGUUCGGCAGCAAAUGGCUAACACCUGCUCCGCGUUGGCGAGAAUCCAAGUUUUUGCCCAUUUUUGCCCUGGUUCCCAUUGGUCCUGGCAGCUGCUCAGCGCCUUCGGGCGAACAGGGAAAUUGCAUUCCCAGCAAGGAUUGUGUGCUGAGAAAUGGCAUUCCAGCUGGUCCCUGUGGCGGUGGCUAUGGCGUGUGUUGCAUCUUUCUUCAGACAUGCGGCGGUGUCAUACGCGAGAACUCCACGUACUUUGUGAAUCCCAAUCAUCCGGAUGUCUACGACGGUACCGGAAGUUGCCAGGUCACGGUGCAAAAACUACACCCGGAUAUAUGCCAGUUGCGACUGGAUUUGGAUAUGUUUUCAAUAGCCCCUCCAGAGGCGGCCAAUCAUCUAUGCAAUCAGGACCAGCUCUUGAUAUCGGGCGGCAGUCCCACACCCACCAUUUGUGGCAGUUCAACCGGAGAUCACAUGUACAUUGACGCGGGUCUGGGGCAGAGCAACCCGAUUGUUCUGUCGGUGAUCACCAGCGCAAGUUUUCCUCGUCUGUGGCGCAUCCGCGUCACCCAAAUCCACUGCGGCAGCAUAAGUCGAGCGGAUCAAGGCUGCCUGCAGUACUACACGGCCAUUAGUGGAAGGGUUCGAAGCUUUAACUACAACACAGUUGGUGGAAGACAGCUGUCCAACCAGGACUACAGCAUCUGUAUUCGUAACGAGCGCAACUUCUGCGGAAUUCAGUACAACGCCUGUCCAGAUCUGGAGAACAACAGAUCGAGGUCGUUUACGCUGACUGGAAACUCGAAUAAUCCUGUGCCCACAAUGGUGGGUGGUGGAGGAUCUCAGGUGUCCACCAUCAGUGGGUGUGUCAGCGAUUGGCUUCUGAUUGGCUGCAUCAGAUCGGCGGACAGGAUUCCUCCUCUGCCCGGUUGCGAGGAUCGCGUUUGUGGCGGGACUUUCAGUGCGGAAGCUGGGAUGCUGGCCAAAACGGUGCAGUCCAGCGUUCGUCCAUUCCGGCUUUACUUCCACACGGAUGGCGUAGAGGCUCCCAAUGAUAUAGACAACCGGGGAUUUUGCCUUGAUUAUGUUCAGCAGCCAUGCACAAAUGGUUUCUAGCCAGUCCAAAAAGUAUGCAAUACUCUUUAUAAAAACCCAUGACAUGACCCAUGCGACUAAAAUCGCUAGGAAAUUGUGUCAGUCGAGUUUGUGCACUUGUUUCGU